AUGGAAGCAGUUCAGUUCUCUCCUCCCGUUGGCUACGUUUUCGAUCCCACGGACUGCGAAUUGGUGGGUUUCUAUCUUUGCAACAAGAUAGCGAACCAAUCCAUUUCUGGUAUUGAUUAUUUAAUUCCACAAUAUGAUCUAUAUGGUUCUGAAGAACCCUGGCAGAUUUGGAAUUUCUUUAAACAACGGCUGGGACGGAAACGUGAUGAUCAAGAUUUGUACUUCUUCACCCAAUUGAAGAAAAAGACUUCAAAAGGUUCAAAAAUCGAUCGUAGUGUUGGAACAGGGACAUGGCAGGGAGAAGAUGGCGGUAGAGGAAUAGUAAUAGACAAUAUGAGGAUUGGGACUAAGAAGAGAUUUCGGUACGAAAACAAAGACUCCUAUCAGCACGGUGGAUGGAUCAUGCACGAAUAUAGUCUGGAUUCGUCUUUUCUGGGUCCAAAUCAACAUAGCGAUUACGUGGUUUGCCGUAUAAGAAAGAACGAAACAGCUCUGAAGAAGAAGAAGAGGGGAAAGUGUCAAGAAGUGGAUUUUGCAAAGAAGAAGAAGAGGAAUAAGGUUCAAGAAGCGGAUUCUGAACCACUACCACUCGCAGUACUGCCGGCUACAAGUACAACCACCCCCAUCACCACCAUGGUGCAACAACAAUUACAACUUGAAGAUGAGACGGAGGUUUAUAACGAUGAAUAUGCUUCAGCAAUAGAAUAUCUGUAUCAGAAUCAACAGAAUUAUUCGCAGUACUCCAUCGUUAAUGAUUUGUUUUGA